AUGGACUGGCAGAGUGGAAGCGACGAUUUCCUGGUAGAGUGCAACAUUCGAAAAGCUACCGAAGGCCCGAGAAUGCCCAAGAUAAGUGUAUCCGCAACGGACAUUGCUCGUGAACUUGGCCCAUACGCAAACAAGAUUUUACAGAGCCAAAGAAACGGCAAAUUUGAUCUACCGCCUAGCAUGCUUCCAGAGAAUGCAUUUCGCAUCGAGGAGGUUGCGUCGUACGACGAACCACGCGUGAAUGCAUCGGCAUCACUGGACCCCGACGAAGCGAUCCCAGCCACCAUCACGUUGAAGUCAGGCGCAAAGAUCUGUGAUAUCCACCAUGUCAUACUUUGCACUGGCUACUAUCUCGCCCUGCCUUUCCUACCACAGCUCACCUCGGACGAGACGCCAGUCCAGCAUGCCGACGGCGCGGUGUUGGUGACGGAUGGUACACAAUUUCACAACCUACACAAAGAUAUCUUCUACAUUAACGAUCCGACCCUCGCCUUUGUUGGCGUGCCUUUCUUCACGGCUACCUUCACGCUAUUCGAGUUUCAAGCUAUGGUCGUUGCAAAGGUGCUCUCAGGCCAGGCCAAAAUUCCCAGCAAAGAUGCUAUGCGGUCAGAAUACAACGCACGCGUGAAGAGCAAAGGCUAUGGCAAGUCGUUUCAUAGUCUGCGAGAUCAAGAAGCGAGCUAUGUCAACGAGCUUAUGGACUGGGUCAAUGCUGAUCUAGAAGAAGCGGGCAGAGAUAAGUUGCAUGGGCAUACCGAGAAGUGGCAUAGCGCAAGGGCAGAGCAGCUUGAGAGGAUGAAAGCGUUCUUUGCUAACCCUAGAACUGAGAAACGGUUUGAAGCGACGUGUAUAUGA